CCUGCAACCCCCAGUGCUGCUGCUGCUGCUGCCGCUGCCACCCAAAUGGAGCCCGUGAUGUAAAUACAAGCAUGGCGAGGGCAGCGGAUGGAACACGCCGCCUCACGUGUGCUUGACAUCGGAUCAUUUCUUCCCGACGUCGACGCGUCUCGCGGACGAAGCGCCUUCACGCCUCCAUGCCUUUGACUUGAUGCUAAAAGACUCCAAAGCGAGACGCGACGCGAGAGGCUUCUCCCUGAAAAGCGAGACAACAACAACAACAAAAUAGAGACUCGGGAUUAAAGCGGGUCAUUAUGACCUUAGUCGCCUCCAGCGCAAGGAAACCAUCGGAUUGCGUUCAGGCGGCCGCGUUGUGCUUGCAUCUCUUGCUUUGGAUUGCGUGUGCAGUGUCCGGAGAGGAGCACCAGCACUUCAGCGUCGAGGGAUGGCUACAAAGGUACGGCUACCUCCCACGCACAGAACCCAAAAUGUCCGUCCUGCGCUCGGCCCAAACCAUGCACUCGGCCAUCGCCGCCAUGCAGCGCACCUACGGCCUCAAUGUCACCGGGACGCUGGAUGAGAGGACCAAGGAUUGGAUGCAGAAGCCCCGCUGCGGCGUUCCAGACACGCUCAAGAGUGCUUCGAGGUCACGGAGGCGGAGAUACGCGCUGACAGGACAGAAGUGGCAGCGUAUGCACAUCACCUACAGCAUAAAAAAUGUCACGCCAAAGGUGGGCGCCCGCGAGACCCACGACGCCAUCCGCCGGGCGUUCGACGUGUGGCAGGGAGUGACGCCGCUGCGCUUCGAGGCCGUCCCCUACAGCGCCUUGGAGACGGGCCGGCGCGACGUGGACAUCACCAUCAUCUUCGCCUCGGGUUUCCACGGCGACAGCUCGCCCUUCGACGGGGAGGGCGGCUUCCUCGCCCACGCCUACUUCCCCGGGCCCGGCAUAGGGGGCGACACCCACUUUGACUCGGAUGAGCCUUGGACCCUGGGGAACCCCAACCAUGAUGGGAAUGACCUCUUCUUGGUCGCCGUUCACGAGCUGGGCCACGCCCUCGGCCUGGAGCACUCCAAUGAUCCCACUGCGAUCAUGGCUCCUUUCUACCAGUACAUGGACACGGAGAACUUUAAACUACCUCACGACGACCUGCAGGGCAUCCAGAAGAUCUACGGUCCACCCGACAGAGCCCCGCAGCCGACCAGGCCUCCGCCCACGGCGCCCCCCCCUCGCUUCCACCUCCCCUCGGACCCCCGCAAGCACGACCGCCACGCCAGGCCACAUCGCCCUCCGCAGGGGGCCAAGCCGUCCAACCCCAACUCCAAGCCCAACAUCUGCGACGGCGGCUUCAACACGCUGGCCAUCCUGCGCCAGGAACUCUUUGUCUUCAAGGACCAAUGGUUUUGGAGGGUGCGGGACAACUCUGUGGUCCCUGGAUACCCCAUGCAGAUCAAUUACUUCUGGAAAGGCUUGCCUGCCAAAAUUGACACCGUCUAUGAAAACAGCGAAGGAAAAUUUGUAUUUUUCAAAGGUAACCGCUUCUGGGUGUUCAAGGACACCACCCUGCAGCCGUCAUACCCUCAGGACAUCUCGCUGUUCGGCAGCGGCAUGCCCACGCAGAACAUUGAGACGGCCGUGUGGUGGGAGGACGUGGCCAAGACUUACUUCUUCAAAGGAGACAGAUACUGGCGGUACAAUGAAGACAUGAGAACCAUGGAUCCAGGGUAUCCCAAGCCCAUCACCAUCUGGAAGGGCAUCCCCGACUCUCCGCAGGGGGCCUUCGUGGACAAAGCCAACGGUUUCACGUACUUUUACAAGGGUAAGGAGUACUGGAAGUUCAACAACCAGCUGCUCCGCGUGGAGCCGGGCUACCCGCGCUCCAUCCUGCGCGACUUCAUGGGCUGCGACGGCCUCCCCCCGGACCCCGACUGGGACUGGAGCCCGCCGGCGGCCGAGGAGCGCCACUACGACAGCGGCGACGCCGACGUGGUCAUCAAACUGGACAGCGCGGGCGGCACGGAGAAAGCGGUGGCCAUCGCCAUCCCCUGCGUCCUGGCGCUGUGCAUGAUGGUCCUGCUGUACACCGUGUUCCAGUUCCGCCGGAAGAGCACGCAGCGCCACAUACUGUACUGCAAGCGCUCCAUGCAGGAGUGGGUGUGAGCUCGGAUAUAAAGGUCUCAAAAUUGCCGCGUUUCGUGAUGCCCGGCAGAACUGCACAAAAGGAGACUGAAGGCAGUGAGGGAGCCAUAUCUCAUAAGUCCUGUGUAUUUAUCUACUUGGACUCUUUUCUCUAACAAACUCAAUGGAGCGAGUGCGACUUAAGCUCCUGUAUGUAA